GUGAUGGAAAAACAUGAGAAUGUUUCCUGGAUCUACCAACAGGAGCUGGAAGAUCCCUUCAAGAAAUACCUGAACAAUACGGAUGACUACCUCGCUUUGCUCUGCGGGCCUCGUCGCAGCCACCUCUUCCUCCCGGUGACUGCGGUGUAUGCUCUGAUUUUUGUGGUGGGGGUCGUUGGCAAUCUCCUGGUAUGCCUGGUGAUUCUUCGGCACCAGACGAUGAAGACCCCCACCAAUUAUUACCUCUUCAGCUUGGCUGUCUCCGACCUCCUAGUCCUGCUUCUCGGGAUGCCCCUGGAAGUCUAUGAGAUGUGGCACAACUACCCCUUCCUGUUUGGGCCGGUGGGCUGCUACUUCAAGACGGCCCUCUUCGAGACCGUGUGCUUCGCCUCCAUCCUCAGCGUCACCACCGUCAGCGUGGAGCGCUACGUGGCUGUCCUCCACCCGUUCCGCGCCAAACUCAAGAGCACCCGGCGCCGGGCCCUCCGCAUCCUUGGCAUCGUCUGGGGCCUCUCUGUUCUCUUUUCUCUGCCCAACACCAGCAUCCAUGGCAUCAAGCUCCACUACUUCCCCAACGGGUCCUUCGUCCCGGGCUCUGCCACCUGUACGGUCAUAAAGCCCAUGUGGAUCUAUAAUUUCAUUAUCCAGGUCACCUCCUUCCUCUUCUACAUCCUCCCCAUGACAGUCAUCAGUGUCCUCUACUACCUCAUGGGGCUCAAGCUGAAGAAAGACCAACACCUUGAGGCAGAUAAAGCGACUGCAAAUAUUCAAAGACCAUCCAGAAAAUCAGUCACUAAAAUGCUGUUUGUCUUGGUGUUAGUGUUUGCUAUCUGCUGGGCCCCAUUCCACAUCGAUCGGCUCUUCUUCAGCUUUGUGGAGGAGUGGACUGAACCUCUGGCUGCUGUGUUCAAUCUCAUCCAUGUGGUGUCAGGUGUCUUCUUCUACCUGAGCUCAGCGGUCAACCCCAUUAUCUACAACCUGCUCUCUCUCCGCUUCCAAGCAGCAUUCCGGACCGUGAUCCCUCCUUCCUGCCAACAGCAGCACUCCCAUAACCACUCACCAGGGCCAUCUGUGCAGCGGAACAUCUUCCUGACAGAAUGUCACCUUGUGGAGCUGACUGAGGAUGCAGGACCCCAGUUCCCUUGUCAGCUGUCCGUCUUCAGCUCUCACCUUCCCACAGCCCUCUGUACUGGACAGGCACUGAGAAAGGAACUCUCAAAGAGUUGA